AUGGCGACUUUCUUUCAGAGCGUUCGCCAAGGGUUUGGCAGGGGAGGAAGCAACAAGAAUAAUCCUCCCAAGAGCCCUGCACAAGCUCCCCAAGAACCCAGAUCUGGUACCAUGUCAAAUUCCAUGUCACUGUCCGGCAGCUUGUCUGUCGACAACGUCCCUGCAAAUGAUCCCGAUGCCCCCAAGUACUUCUUCCAGGAGAAGUAUGCCCCGCUCAACGUCAGGGGUAACUUCUUGACUCUCUGUGCCUGUCCGAAAAACGUAGAGCUUGGCGAGUGGCUGGCUCACCAACUUGUUGAACAAUAUCGCUUGCUCCACGGCAUGCUCCAGGUCAUCCAGGAGACAAACAGUGUUACUGGUGCUCCAAUCUGCAAUGAGAGCACAUGUCCGACGAUGUCUGCUGGGCGAUUGACCUAUACCUGGCUAGUUGACGGCCGCGCAGCCAAGAUCUCCGCACCAAAAUUCAUCAACCGUGUCGAGAAAUGGAUUGUCACCAAGAUUCAUGACCCGGUCAUGUUCCCUACCGAAAAGGUGAACGGUAUCCCUGAGACUUUUGCGACUAAGGCCGCCACUGCCACUACGACGGAGAUCCCCCCAUCUCCUGCAGAUGGGACCAACCCCGCAGGACCAAAUGGUAGCGCCGACGACUGGAUUGGCAAGUCGAGUGGUUUCCCCCAGACAUUCUACAAGGACUGCCAGGGUAUUAUGAAGCAGAUGUUCCGUUGCUAUGCGCAUUUGUACCACGCCCACUGGUUGAACCCGUUCUGGCACAUCAACAAGCACGACAUCCUGAACAUGUGCUUCGUGCACUUUGUGACUGUCGCCAAGUACUACCAACUUGUCUCGGACAAGGAGAUGGAGCCAAUGCAGCCUCUCAUCGAUCUUUUCAUUAAGCAACAGCGUGUCCCACCUGAGGCUCUCAAUGGUGGUCACUGGGCCCAGCAGGCUUCUAACUAA